AUGAUUUUGAUAUUUAUGAUAUAUUUCUGUGUGUUGCAAGUCAGUGCACGCGAGAAUCAUGAACAUUCGUUAACUGCUCUAAGGAAGCAGCUUUUCGAGAAUUACUACGCUGACGUAAGACCGGUCCUCAACCAUUCUCAACCAAUAAUUGUGACAAUUAACCUAACGUUACUGAAGAUACAACAAGUGGAUGAAAAGCGCCAGUCUUUGAGGACGACAGUAAAUCUUCUGCUAUCAUGGAAUGAUGAGUUGCUUAUUUGGAACAAGUCAGAGCAUGAGGGAAUAUCAAACUUUGUGUUUCCGUAUAAUAGGAAUGUUUGGAUACCGGAUAUAAUGGUGUCAAAUGCGUUAGACAAACCGGCAGAGUUGGGGUUGAAAGAAGCGUUUAUUUCUCUUACACACGCAGGAGAAGUUGUGGUAUGGACGCAAGUGAACUUCGAUACCUCCUGUGAAAUAAGGACUAAAAAGUACCCAUUCGAUGAACAACACUGCGAGAUACUCUUUACAAAGUUCAUGAAUGAAGAUGACAAACUAGAACUUAAAGCAACAGACAAUAAAACCAAUCUUGAAAUGUACAUUGAAACAGCCGAAUGGCAAAUUAUUGACAAUUACGUCAGAUACGAAAUUGAUGUAUAUGAUACAAAUAUAGGCCGUAUACUUGUUAGAGACAUUAAAAGUGGUGUUUCUAAGAGUGAAAUAACAGUACUUAUAUGA